GUCAUUUUCACUCAAAUACACUCUUCCUUUCUCCCCACUCUUUAUCUGAAUGUGAUCAUAUGCCAUUCCAUGAACUAAACAAAGCAAAGAGAUGAAAGGAGUGAGAGGAAAAUUUCUCAAGAAAUUGAAGUCCAUCCCAACAAUUGGCACUUUCACAAAUGGCCUGCUCUUUCAGCUGAACCCCACAGAAAAGUUCUUCAAUCACAACCAUCAAACACUGUCUCUGCGAGUUCACAAUGAUGAAGAAGAGCUCAAAGAUGAAGAUAUGGAAUUCGGUUUCAAUGUUGGCCACAAGGAGAAUAUUGUUAUACCACCCUCCAUGAAGUCCACAGAGACAGUGCCUUCCAAUGAUAGCUCGGGGGAUAUGGUCUUGUCUCACAUCGAUUUGGAGCAUGAAAUUUUUCAUGAAGCAAAUGAUGAUGAGGAGGAACAACAUCCAUCUUUAUCAGAUUUUGAGGAGAAGUGUCCACCAGGAGGAGGCAAUUCUGUCAUUCUCUACUCAACAAGCUUGACAGGUGUCAGAAAAACGUUUGAGGCAUGCAAGGCUAUCCGGUUUUUGCUGGAAAGCUUCAAAGUAUCGGUGCAUGAGAGGGACGUUUCGAUGCACAUGGGAUUCAGGGAAGAGUUGUGGAGGAUAUUUGGUGGGAGAGUGAUCCCUCCAAGGCUUUUCAUCAAGGGAAGAUACAUUGGAGGAGCUGAUGAAGUAAUAGGACUUCAUGAGCAAGGGAAGCUGAAGAAGCUCCUAAAAGGAAUCCCAAUGGACCUGUCUAACUCCCCAUGCACCGGCUGUGCCAACAUGCGUUUUGUGGUGUGCUUCAACUGCAAUGGCAGUCGCAGAGUCUUCAAAGACAGUGAUCUUGAUGAGAAUGAUGAGCUGCACAUUAGAUGUCCCGAGUGCAAUGAAAAUGGUUUAGUUAAGUGCUCCAUCUGCUGCUGAAAAACUCAACUAGCUUUCCUGUUUCGAUGUUAUUAUGUUUCGGGUUGUAAAAUGCUUAGUAUUUGUGAUGCAUUAGCUUGUCUGAAAUAUGAAGAACUAACAAUCUGAUGUUGUAGAAUUUCAGCUGUAAGAAUCUCUAACAUAUAUGGUAGAGUACUAAGUAGUAUUGUUGUCGUCCCACAA